CUAGCGAUAAACAAGACGUCGUAGACACUUGAUUGUCUAAUUUAGCGCCAGUCGGCAAAUUAAUGUUACAAGUCAGCGUUGUCUACGUUGCGUCAUCGCCCAUAUUACUUAGCUGUAACUUUGCGCCAUGCUUUUCAGUAAGCUGCCGAGGAUGGCAGACUGUUGUAAUGCUGCACUGUUGAGUUCAGCUAACUUGGCUAACGUAUUCAGCUUGAACUAGUAUGGAUGUUGAUGACUGCAAUGGCCGGUCUUACAUAUCAGCUAGUGGAGACUCCUCAAUGGAAAGAGAGUUUUCUGGGGCCCUUGGAGGUCCGACAGUGAGCACCCCAAACAGCAAGGAGACCUCUCCCAGUCGCUCGCUCAGUGCUAACUCCAUUAAAGUGGAGCUGUACAGCGAUGAAGACCCAGGGCGCAGUACUGAGGAUGAACGAGGGGAGCGGGUAGAGGAAGGAGGUGCAGAGCAGGGAUCUGAGGCUGUCGGAGGCUACAGGGAGCUCACCAAUCCUGAGACCAUGCAAGCUGGAGCCACCAGACUGCCAAAUGGAAAACUCAAGUGUGACAUCUGUGGAAUGAUCUGCAUCGGGCCUAAUGUUCUCAUGGUGCACAAACGCAGCCAUACAGGUGAGCGUCCAUUCCAGUGUAAUCAGUGUGGCGCCUCCUUCACUCAAAAGGGUAAUCUGCUCCGCCACAUCAAGCUGCACUCAGGGGAAAAGCCCUUUAAAUGCCCCUUCUGCAGCUACGCCUGUCGAAGACGAGAUGCACUCACUGGCCACCUUCGCACUCAUGCAGUGUCCUCUCCAACCGUUGGGAAGCCGUACAAGUGCAGUUACUGUGGCCGUAGUUACAAGCAGCAGAGCACCCUGGAGGAACACCGUGAGCGCUGCCACAGCUACUUACAGAGUCUGGAGUCACAGCAGCCAUCUAGUGCACAGAAUCCAGGAGAGGAGAUGAGAGAGCUAGAGUUUAUACCAGACUCUCUACUGCAACCCUCCUCAGACAAGAUGGCAUUUAUCGAUCGGCUGGCCAACAGCAUCACCAAACGCAAGAGAUCCACACCUCAAAAAUUUGUAGGACAGAAGCACAUACGCCUCAACCUUGCAGAUGCACCUUAUGAGCUCAGCGCUGGUUUGGAUAAAGAUGGGGAGAUGCACGCAGGGGACCUUGAAACCCCACACUUUACUGGUCUGGGAGGAGAAUACGCAGGUGUAGCAGGUAAUGGAGGAGGAGGGGUUUCAGACACACUGAGGCCUCUACACCUUCCCACCACUCACCCUUCAUGCUUAUCAGAACUCAGGCCAAUCCACAGCUCUAUUCACACCUCCGUCGCUCUUGGCCCGAGGCUCGAUUGCACAGGGACCGGAGCUGGGCUGGGAGCUGCCGGUGUAGGCGGAAGGGAGGCAGCGGAGGGUCAUGAAGACCUGCCCGCGGGUCGAAGUCAUGCACCGUCACCUAGCAACGGUUGCCAGGACUCUACGGACACAGAGAGCAUGCCAGAUGAGCCUUGCAACAGUACCGCUCCGCCUCAAACCCUGCACAGUAACAACGGCCAUCAUCUUCAACACUCCAACAGCCACCACCCGGCACCUCCUCCCAUCGCACACCACAGGAGUCGGGACAGACACAGUCCCAGCCACGCCAAAGACAGGGAGAUGGAAAGAGAGGACGGGGGCCACUCAGCUCCCCCACCUCCUGCCCUCGCUCCAACUCCGAGCUCACCCACAGCACCCUCCUCCACCUCUCGGGAGGCGUUUCGGGUCGUAGACGGGGAGGGGAGAGCUGUGCGCUCUUUCCGAUGCGAGCACUGCCGUGUGCUUUUCCUAGACCAUGUCAUGUUUACCAUCCACAUGGGCUGCCACGGUUUUCGCCAGCCUUUUGAGUGUAACAUCUGUGGCCACCGCAGCCAGGACCGCUAUGAAUUUUCUUCACACAUCGUCCGCGGGGAGCACAUCCUUGACUGAGGACAAAGGGUGGUCAACCUGCUUCAUCUAGAGAGAUUUUCUAAACUGAGACAAGGACCUGGCUGAGUUUGGUCUGCACACAAGCUGAAGGAGACACUGAUGACAUGAAACUGAUGCGAUUAUUUCAAACAUUCUCUGGUACAGUUAGUGUGUACCAGCAGGAAUGGCAAUCUCAUAUGUGUGUUUCUAAAAUUAUAAUAGUGGUCCUCGUUAUUUUUAAUGCACUUUGAAUAAGUAAUCAAUUUAAAAUGCACUUUUAAUUCAAUGUAUUCUAAAGUAGAUGAAGAGCCAAUGCACUUUUUCAUCCGCAGAUGUGCCUUGCUCCAAAAUACAGCAUUUAAACCUGAUGCACAAACUACGGUAGAGAAAUCGGACUCUUGUCCAUAACCUGAAAAUGGUCCAUUCUUGUGCACUUUAACAGAGACAACACAUAAAAGCUUAAUGUGAAGUUUAUAGGCUCACCUACAAUGGAAUCUGUAGAGAUUUUAACGCCUUGUUCUAAAUGAAAUGAUUCCCUAAAUGUUCCGCAAAGUUUUUUUUCCUACCCGGGGCUGAUUGUGUAAUAGAUUGUUUUUAUAAUUUGAAGUGAAGUGCAGACCAAACUCAAAAACCAGGUCCUCGUCUGAAUAGAUGUGUUUGAGGGGUUGUCCGUGAAUUAGAAAUGCACUUUUGUUUUUAACAGGGGUGGGGUGGACAGUUCUGAGAGUGUGUGUGUGUGUGUGUGUGUGUGUGUGUGUGUGUGAGAAAGAGGGAGAACGUGACAGACUGUUUUUAUGGAAGUAAACUGACUAAGUAAGGUGGUAAAUGAAGGCCUUUGUGUGAAUGCUGUGUGGCGCGGCGUAUGAAACAUUUGUUUUUCUUUUCUAUGACUGCUUUUGUUGCACUGAUACCUGCCAGAAUACUAUGAUUAUAUUAAACUAUUUUAUGGAAUACAUUAA